CCCAUCAACAAUCCAAACCCCCCUCUUUGUUUUUUAGCCCUCCGGAAUCAACUCCAACGCGAGCUAGCAUUGGCAAGAGCAGUUACAGCUUCUCAUUUAAGAAAAUCAACACUUAGAGGCCCUGUUGCGCUGGUGGAUCAGUUCCUCUGGCGAGCGCGAUGGCGGACACCAAUGUCGACUCUGGUGCGCCGAACUUGAAUCUGACACCGGAGGAGGUACGAGUGUUUGGGCAGCUGUUCCGCGAGGCGGACUCUGAGAACAUUGGCGUUGUUACUGGCGAGGUUGCCGUGACUUUCUUUGAGAAGACGAGGCUUGAUCCACAGGUGUUGGGCGUGAUAUGGAACAUCGCCGACAAAGAAAAUAGAGGACUGCUUACUCCUACUGGCUUCAGUAUCGUGCUGAGAUUGAUCGGUCAUGCACAAGCAGGAAGAGACCCGACAGCAGAGCUUGCAUUCCGACCAGGACCGAUCCCUAAAUUCGAUGGCGGCGUGCCGAGCGGCGCUGUACCGCCACCUCCCCAAGGGCCACCGCCUGGACCGAUACAACCGCAGACGAGUGGAAACCCCAUACGAGUCCCUCCGUUGACUCCAGACAAGGUCCAGCAGUAUGCUGCUUUAUUCGAGAAGUCUGGCGCCCAGGAGGGCAUAUUAGGUGGCGAGCAGGCUAAACAAAUAUUCGAACGCGCAGGGCUUCCGAAUGAAGUUCUUGGGAGAAUUUGGUACCUUGCGGAUACUGAGCAUCGCGGAGCUCUCACGGUUACUGAGUUCAUCAUCGCUAUGCAUCUGUUGGCAUCGUCCAAGUCAGGGGCUAUGCGCACACUACCGAAUGUUCUCCCAGCUGGGCUUAUAGAGGCUGCCGCGAGGCGUCCACCUUUAAGACAACUAUCUGGUGUCACCGGUGGACCGCCUGCGGUACCUCCGAUUCCGAGGCAAUUCACAGGUCACAAUCUGGGAAGAACGGCCAGCCCUCUGAGUAAGCCUGCGUUUGGUCAAGUCCCUCCUUCACCAGGUACUUGGGCUAUCUCUCCCGCCGACAAGAAUCGCUUUGAUAGCAUAUACGCCACCAUUGACAAGACGAAUCGCGGUUUCAUCACUGGCGAUGAAGCCGUGCCAUUCUUCAGCAACUCUAAGUUGCCUGAGGAGGCAUUGGCACAGAUUUGGGAUUUGGCUGAUAUCAACUCGCAAGGCCAUCUGUCAAGAGACGAAUUUGCCGUAGCUAUGUAUCUCAUCCGUCAACAGAGAGGCAAGCGUGACGGGAGAGAUGCUUUACCUGCCACCUUACCGGCAGAGCUAAUUCCCCCGAGCAUGAGAUCGCAAAUCCGACAACCCCAACAACCGACCGCGCCUGCUUUUGAAACUGCUGCACCAACCAUUCCUAAGUCUGCCGCGGACGACUUGUUCGGACUUGACGCGAUGGCUUCCGCUACUCCACCACCAGCUCCUGCACAACAGGCUCUGUCCACUGGUGGAUCUAAUUUCGGAGACCCAUUUGCAACCAGCAGAAGCCCGAUGACACCAAGCAGCCCUGUUGCUGGCAGCCCUCAGCAUAUUCCAACCCAGAAUACCGGCUUCAAGCCAUUUGUGCCAUCGUCGUCCUUUGGCCAGUCGAUAUCGUACAAUGCUACUGGCGGAUCCAAUGCGUCCACGCCGCUGGCACGAUCUGGAACCAUGGACGACCUCUUGGGGGAUAACGAUCCGGAGAUUAGCAAGAAGCUGACUAGUGAGACUAGUGAACUUGCUAACUUGUCGAACCAAGUUGGUACGCUGUCAAAACAGAUGCAGGAAGUCCAGGGCCAGCGCUCAACUUCGCAGAAUGAGCUUACGCAGGCAACCUCUCAGAAGAAGGAAUUUGAGACUAGACUUUCUCAGCUUCGCACUCUCUAUGAGAAGGAGGCCAAGGAUGUUAGAGCUUUGGAGGAGCGCCUUACUGCCUCCAGGAAUGAGACUAGGAAGCUACAACAAGAUAUUGCCAUGGUUGAGGGUUCUCACCAAGACCUUCAAAAUCAACAUCAACAGGUCUCAGUUGCCUUACAAGCCGACCAGCAAGAGAAUGCUAGCCUGAAAGAACGUAUCAAGGCUUUAAACACAGAGAUCUCUCAAUUGAAGCCUCAGCUCGAGAAGUUAAGGUCCGAAGCCCGUCAGCAAAAGGGUCUGGUUGCAAUCAACAAAAAGCAGCUGCUGACUAAUGAAGGGGAACGCGAUAAACUGAAGACCGAGGCUGGGGAGCUGAACCAGAGCAUCGAGCAAGAUACAAGGGCGCUCUCUGAGAGCUCGGCAGCCACCUCGAAAGCACAAAGCCCUGCCCCAGCGGCCGCAAGCCCAGCUCUGUCGACGAUGAGCACAAGCAACCCAUUCUUCAGGCGGCAAGGAAGCAGCUCUGAUAUCGCCUUUUCUCCCUUCCCUUCUCCACCUGUAGCUCAGCAGCCAGGAAAUUCAUUUGAGAACAUCUUUGGACCAACAUACGAGGCGCCUAUGAAUGCAUCGCCGGCUGCUUCCCCAAUGCCGCCGACUACAUUUAAGCAAGCUGUCGACGCCCAGGAUAAGUCUGCCCCACUAUCAGCAGAGAUGCCAGCUCGAGAAGGCCUUACUCCCGAUCCCCCCCAGUCAAGACAAAUCAGUUCGAGCUUCUUGCCUUUCUCGCAGCCAGACAAUGAGUCUAUCAGCUCAUCUCGCCAAGUCUCUGUGCCAGGGAGCAGAUUUGGAGAUGGCUCUGAAACACCAAAGAAUGUUGCGUCAACGCCGACAGGAUCCUCUGUAGCAGAUCUCCAAGAGAAUCGACCAGGAUCAGCCACGUUUGAUCGUAAUAUCACUGCAUCCCCCGCAAGCGAGUCCUUGUCCAUGGGCAGCCGCAAGGAAUCCAUGCCCGGCGCAUUCCCAGAUACUCAACCAGCAGCUGGCACCGCUUUUGGUGAUUCCAGCGAGCUGUUCCCCUCAGGCAAAGGCCAGGUCUCAUCCAAGGAUGACUUCGACUCCGCAUUCGCUAGCUUCGGUGGAGGUAGUAGCGCCGUCUCGCAAGGCUCCGAGAAGAGCGUCGAGCCUCCUACCAGCCGGUUCCACCAGGAAUUCCCACCACUAGAGGAAAUUGGCGACGAUGACGACUCGUCUGCUAGUGAGGGCGGAUUCGACGAUGACUUCAUCCCAGUAUCUGCCAGCCAGUUCAGAUCGGAAACUUCUGACCAGGCUGCUUCUUUAAAGGUACCUGAUGAAAGACGCCCCAGUGUCUCAAAAUCCUCUUCUGCAAUGAGUGUCGGUAGCCAGCCGCCUGCUGUCACUGCCCAGUCUUCUCCGCCUACUUAUGACAAGACUGUAUCCCCCAAGGAUAUCGCCCAUGCCGAAGCUGCCGAGUACUCCGGCCUGCUCCCAUCUCGCCAGGACCUUCCACCUGCUGCGGACGUAGUCGCUGCUCCCUCAGGAACGACCGCUGCGCAACCCCCUCGUCCCCCUAAGACUGCCUUCGACGACUUCGAUGAUUUCGAUGACCUUGAAGAUGCCAAAGAAGGUGACUUAGACGACGACUUUGCGAACCUCUCCGUCCACGACCGCUCCGCAAUGGACGAGUUCAACCCCAUGUUUGACAGCCCCGCUGCCUCCAAGACCACCGGCCACGGCAGCGCGUUCGGAUCUGCAAACGGAUUUGGUGACUUUGCGCACUCCCCAUCGGCGUCAACUUCGCAGCCUGCUGCCGCGCCCGCACCGACUAGCGCCAACCAAGACUGGGACGCCAUAUUCUCCGGCCUUGACGGAGCGCCGAACCCAGCCGUGGCAGCUGUUGGUGACGAAAUCAAACCUGGCACAGCGGUUGAGAAUGGUGUAGCUAAGGCAACGGCUAAGGAGGAGAGGCCGGUGAUUGGAAGGGCUCUGACCGAAAAUGGAGAGCACGAUGAUCCCCUUUUGAAGAACCUGACCAUGAUGGGCUAUUCGCGCAAGGAUGCAUUGGCGGCGCUCGAGAAAUAUGACUAUAAUCUGGAUAGGGCUGCGGAUUUCCUUGCGAGUGGGGGAACUGCUUGAGCAGUGAUGGAUGUGUGCACAUAUUGAAGCUACUUUUCGCGUUGGUUCCUUACGUUUUCCAGGGCUUCGUCUCUGUUGUUCAUGUGCUGCCCCUGCGCACUCUACAUAUCAUGUCGAUAGUUGUAUCAUACUGAGAUAGCACCAUCAUCUUCUAAUGGA